CCGCUUGGCUUUACCAGUCAGUGUCCAGCUACGGACCGGUGGAGACACGUUCUCUUCUACUUCUCUCCUUGUCACCCAUUUUUGCCUCCUUUUUCUCCUUCCUCCUUGACACUUUGCAACCUGUUCUUCCACUUCCGGCUCUUGCCUGAUUCUCGUCCGAAUUUUCACUUGUCACUGGAAGCAGAAAGAGAAAAUCGAAAUAACCCCGGCCGCGGAUGGAUUGCCAGCCAAUACAAAAGUGAUCGAGCCAGUGGAUACUUUGUUGGUCCGGCUCCUCUGAUUGUCCUCUACUUGCUGAGAGAGCCGUGGUGUUGCCGGAAACGACCUGGUUGAACUUUGGUCACGCCAAAAAAUAAAAAUAAAAAAGAAAGAAAGAAGAAACAAGGGCCUGACCACCUGAAGAACUUGCAUCACUACGCACACACGAGCUGGCCAGCGUGUCCAAAAAUCCAGGGAACAAACUUCAAGAUCGCAACUCUACUACCCCUUCGUCCGAAUAAGCCAUUCGAACCGGUUUGAAAUCACACACAAUGAUGGCGUCUGUGCGGUGGUGCGUUUUGGUGACAGUGACCCUGAAUUGGCUCACGAUCACGCCGUUGAACGCGGGGCCCGUAUCAAUCAACCCAGCAAUUUCGCCGUUCGGCAGGAACAUCCGACCAAUCACCUGUAAAUCUCGAACAGGACAACUGGGUACGUGCAUGUUCGCUAUGGAUUGCACGCGCAUGAAUGGCCAGCAUUUGGGCACGUGCAUCGACCGGUUCUAUUUCGGCUCGUGUUGCGCACCUUCGGAUGCUGUGCCCUUCCAUUCCACCACAACGACCGAAGCUUUCAACGGCGCAAACGAUAUCGGCUUCUCCACGUCGUCUCCGUUGGCACCUGCCUCGCCCUUGACGACCCUCCUCAUGUCCGUCACGUCACAACAUCCGAACGUUUUGAACGAGUUGACCUCGACGACGUCUACUGCCGCAAUUCCGACGUUGGCCGUCACCGAGACUUCGUCUGCUCCGCUAACCAUCGCGUCAACAAGCGGCCCAUCAUUGGCCGACAUUUUGGCUUCCACGCCGCUGUCCACCCUCUUAGCGAACCUGUCCGUCCCGACGACAGAAGCAGCGCUGACGACGUUGCAAGCGUCCAGUUCACAACAGCCCAUAGGUACAGAUUUGCCAUCCUCACCUGUUGCAGACCCUACCACUACUAGUACUACCAUUACUACACCCGCAAUAACCACGAGUGGUACAACUAGCGUUGUAGACACUACUGUCUCGACUUCCACACUCCCUGCUCCUACUACCACUGCGGAAAUUAGCACUACUACCACCACCACCACCGCCUCACCCAGCACGACGGUGGUAUCGUCUGCACCGUUGGCAGAGAUCAAUGUACAACCCGCCUUAAUCCAUUCAGCUGAAUUAACAGCCGUCGGCAGCUCGUCGGCGUCGAUGCCGGAAGAGUCUACUGCCACGGACACACCGCAAGGGCUCCAACAGGAUGAAUUCACUACUCUAGAACCUGUCACUGAUUUGCCAUCCACCUCGUUAGAGCCGGAGGUAGAGCCGGAGGUAGAACUCGCGGUGGAACCCGUUGUAGCCGAGACGGACAUUCCGUCCUCCACCGAGGAAUUGAUCGAGUUAACCACCGUCGGUCUAGAAGAAGAGGCAGUGACCGAUGUUGUACCGGAUGUGACAGACCAAAUCCCGGAAGACAUUGUUACACUGUCCAGCGUUACCGUUGUGCCCGAUCUCCCUGUUACGACAACGACCACAGCCGCUCCUCCCAUGACGGAGUUGGUAACGAAUCCGGGGACUCCCAGCGCUGCUCCAACUUCCGCCAGCAGUUCGUCCGUUCCGGACACUACGGUCGUGUCGAUGACGACGGCCAGUCCGGCCGUUGAGCCGGAAACUAUUGGCACUAGCACGACGGUUGCCAGUCAAACUGCCGAGACGAUGACUAGCUCAGUGGUUAGCACUUCGGCGUCACCUGUAACGUUCGCGCCAUCGAGCACAAACGUUGCGGAGGAACAAUCGACGGCGGUGCCGGAAACUUCGGCCGCUUCGACUGAAUCACCCGUUGUGGAAAUCACGGCGGAACCCGUUUCUAAAGAGCCCACAACGACGACAGCUACCGUGUCGACGACCUUGGCCGAAUUGAAUGACACCGUCGAAGGGCCGACUGUUCAAUUUCAAAAUUACCGCGAAGUUUGCGGCCGUCCUAAAUACCAAUACCCGUCUGCCAGGAUCGUCGGCGGUACAACAACUCAGUACGGCCAGUGGCCGUGGCAAGUUUCGCUUCGUCAAUGGAGGACGGCCACUUUCUUGCACAAGUGCGGCGCCGCUUUGCUGAACGAAAACUGGGCCAUCACUGCGGCUCACUGCGUUGAUAAUGUUCAACCGGAUGAUUUGCUAUUGAGGAUGGGCGAGUACGACCUAGCUACCGACGAAGAAGAAUACCCUUACAUCGAACGCAAAGUGCAGAUCGUCGCUUCGCAUCCCCAGUUCGAUUCACGCACUUUUGAAUACGAUCUCGCCCUGCUGCGUUUCUACGAUCCGGUCCGAUUCCAGCCCAAUAUUGUUCCCAUUUGUUUACCGCCACCGAGUGAAGUCGAUUUCGUUGGCAGAACAGCCUACGUCACCGGAUGGGGACGUCUAUACGAAGAUGGACCUCUUCCAUCAAAGAUGCAGCAAGUUUCCGUGCCAGUCAUCAAUAACACCGAUUGUGAGAGCAUGUAUCGACGAGCAGGCUACGUCGAGCACAUCCCCAACAUCUUCAUCUGUGCUGGAUACGCCGAUGGAAAAAGAGAUUCUUGCGAGGGUGACAGUGGUGGACCCAUGGUCAUUCAAGAGGAACAGUCUUGGGUGCUAGCAGGUGUCAUUUCAUGGGGGAUUGGCUGUGCCGAGGCCAAUCAACCCGGUGUCUACACCAGGAUUAGCGAAUUCCGUGACUGGAUCGACAAAAUUAUUGUUUUCUAAAUGUUAACUAAUGAAGGGGAGGAAGACAAAAUCAAUGACCUUUGUUAUCGCAACGUGCGUUUAAAGACAAAACAAAACUACAAAAAAAAGAAAAAAGAAAACGACAACAGCCAACGCUAACGCUAACUUCCCGUAUUAGUUAAAAAAACAAAAUUAAUUCCGUCCAGCGAAAAGGUGAAGGAAUCAAAUGUGUGACACCAGUGAUGGAUCGAGCCAGAUACAUCCAAAACCGUUAUGGCUGUUUCUCCCACUUUUUGUUUAAAUUAUCUGCUUUUCCAGCAUUCCUUCCUGUUAUUUAUUUCAAUUCUUUUAUGUUCCAGUUUCGCUCUCAAACAUUUUCCAUCUUUUUUUUUUUGUUUUUGUUUCUCCUUAUGCUGUUUUUUUUUUUAAAAGAGGGGCGUGGGGGCAGGAUACGAAGGAAACCAGUAGAGGGAAUAACAGGAAUCAGGUUAUGUUGUUUCUCCAUCGUGACCAAACACACCAAUUAAGGUAAUCCCAAACCUGAUCGACUCUGUCCACCUAACGUUCCCAAAUGUAUGUAAAAAUGUAGCGAAUAGUGCCUUUUUAUAUUUAAAUUUCAUCUGCUCAUCUUCCUUAUCAAAUCCUUCAUUUUCUUCUGUUUCAACUUCCCGAUGCCUUAUUAGUAUUAUUAUUAAAACAAAUGGUAAUAUUAUUAUGAUGACCAUGUGUCACGAUGUGUACAGACCUCGCGUGUGAUGUCAGACCACUGUACUACCCUUUUUGUUUUGUUUUUUACCUUCCUGAAUGACGAUGUAUUUGUUUUGUUGACUAUUUCGCAAUCUUCGUAAUUUUACUAGGAAGCAUCAUGGUGUAUGAAAUCUUUUCAAGUGCAAUCAGAAAAAUAAAAUGAAAAAAUCGUGUGCAUGAAAAA